AGCAAGUCCUAGGCACAGUCCAGAAAAAAAAAUUUAAUCUUCUUUCCUUAGAACUAUCUUGAUUAGCAUCAACAGGCCCUGAGAACACAGUGAAUGUCAGCAUCUAAGAUUUCAUUUUUCAAAAUGAAAGACUUGAUACUGAUCCUGUGCCUCCUGGAAAUGAGUUUUGCAGUGCCGAUGUUUCCUCAGCAACCUGGGGCACCAGGCAUGGCACCUGGCAUGGCUAGUUUGAGCCUUGAGACAAUGAGGCAGUUGGGAAGUCUCCAGGGAUUGAAUGCACUUUCUCAGUUUUCUAGAUUUGGCUUUGGGAAAUCACUUAAUUCUUUGUGGUUGCAUGGUCUCCUUCCACCACAUUCCUCUCUCCCGUGGCUAAGACCAACAGAACAUGAAACUCAACAGUAUGAAUAUUCUUUGCCUGUGCAUCCCCCACCUCUCCCAUCACAGCCAUCCCUGCAGCCUCAACAGUCAGGACUGAAACCUUUCCUCCAGCCCACUGCUGCAACCGCUAUCCAGGCAACAGCCCAGAAGGGUGGUCCUCAACCUCCAAUGCAUCCAAGGCAGCUGCCCCUGCAGGAUGGAGAACCGCCAGCAACUGAGCAACAAGUGGCACCAACAGAGAAACCACCAACAUCUAAGCUCCUGGUAAUGGAUUUUGCUGGUCCACAGGUUCCAUCAUUGUUCCAUAUAGCCCGUGUGAUAUCUCGGGGACCACUGCCACAAAACAAACCAUCUGCACUUUAUCCAGGAAUGUUUUACACAUCUUAUGGAGCAAAUCAACUGAAUGCUCCUACCAGACUUGGCAUGAUGAGUUCAGAAGAAGUGGACCCAAGCAUGGGAGGAAGAGGAGGCCCCAUGGGCUAUGGAGCCAUGUUCCCAGGAUUUGGAGGCCUGAGGCACAGCCUUAGGAGAAUGUCUCCCAAUCCAGCCAUGGGUGGAGAUUUUACUCUGGAAUUUGACUCCCCAGCGGGAACAAAAGGUCCUGAGAAGGGAGAAGGAGAGGCACAAGCCUCCCCCAUGCAGGAGGCCAACCCAGCCAAUCCAAAAAACCCAGCACUCCUUUCACAGAUAGCACCUGGUGCUCAUGCAGGACUCCUUGCUUUCCCUAACGACAACAUUCCCAACCUGGCAAGGGGCCCUGCAAGGCAGAAAAAGGGACCCCUCGGGGUCACUCCAUCAGCUGCUGACCCACUGAUGACCCCUGAAUUAGCUGAGGUUUAUGAAACCUAUGGUGAUGAUGUUACCACACCCCUGGAUACAGGAGAAGCAACCAUGGAUACCACAAUGACCCCAGACACUCAGCAAACAUCAAUGCCAGGAAACAAAGUCCACCAACCCCAGAUGGUACAUGAUGCAUGGCGUUUCCACGAGCCCUGAACACCUUGAGAUAUCAACUACUUUCUGUAUGCACAAGCUUCCCAGUUUUGUCCCCACAGUCUACCUUUUUGCUAAAACACUUAAUACCUUCUACAGCAAAGGCAUUAAACACGCUAAGCAUGUAUUAAUAAACACAAGUGGCUAGAAAUAGUGUAGGUUCCCUUCUUGCUUUCAUUCUCUUAUUGAAAUAAAAUGUGUUGACUGUCUCUGUGAUUUAGAAAUACUAUUAACAGCAAGUCUAAGAGUCUCAGCAUUUGAUAAUCUUGUUUCUUAACUCUCUUCAGCAUUAUAGGAUUUCUCCUACUAGCAUGACACUAUUAUAUCCAGGAAAUGCAGCACUGCUUUCUUUUUUCUAAGCAAGAAGCACAUAGUCUCAGAAUUCAAAGCUGUUUCAUUUAAACUUGAUUAAAUUGGAAUGCGUAAAGAACCUCUCCCUGGUAUUACUGGGUUUCAUACAUUGGAUUUUAAAUUCUUAUUUUUAGAGUAUUUUAUUUAAUCUAAAACAAUUAGCCUAUUUUAAAUAAAGAUUUUUUUCUCAUUG